UCACAAAAUAGUUGUCUCCCAAGUUCCACUGAGUUCUGUUUGCUACUGCGCUGUUAUCUCAAAUCUCAUUAUAUUUUUGUCCCAUUUGCGGACUGCGGACUAUCAGUUUUACACCUCCUUUGUUGUUGGAAGUAGCCUUCUGCGCCAGUGUGUGUAAAGGCCGCACUUUCGACGCAUCUAUUUUCUACGCUUCAAUCGCUUGAAUUUAAUCGCGACACUCUAAUUUGAUUCAGAACAAUGAAGUUCCUAGCUCUCGCUGUAUCCUGCCUGCUGGCGCUCUCUGGAGCCCUAGCCGCUGACUCCUGCUACCAGGAUGUCUCCAUGGACUGCUCGCAGGCCUCUAAUAGCAUGGUGCUGGCAAAAUGUAACGCAAUCUACGGCGGCUACGGUCACCAUGGCAACCUCGCAUCCGAGAUGCAAGCGUACGCGAACCUCCAUCUCGCUCGCUCGUACGAGUUCCUGCUAUCGGCGUCCUACUUCGACAACUACCAGACCAACAGGAAGGGUUUCAGCAAGCUGUUUAGGAAGCUGUCGGAUGACGCUUGGGUGAAGACUAUUGAUCUCAUCAAGCAUAUUACUACUCGAGGUGGCGUAAUGGACUUCGCCCGCCGCUCCACCCUGGACACCGGCAGCAAGAACUACACCGUGGAGCUGAACGAGCUGGAAGCGCUGGCCAAGGCCCUGGACAUCGAGAAGGAGAUCGCUGAACGCGCCUUCCACAUCCACGGUGAAGCCACCAGGAACAGCCAGCACCUGCAUGACCCUGAGGUAACUUAACACAGCACAAACAUACACACAUGCACCGGCAGCAAGAACUACACCGUGGAGCUGAACGAGCUGGAAGCGCUGGCCAAGGCCCUGGACAUCGAGAAGGAGAUCGCUGAACGCGCCUUCCACAUCCACGGUGAAGCCACCAGGAACAGCCAGCACCUCCAUGACCCUGAGGUAACUUACAAGAACUACACCGUGGAGCUGAACGAGCUGGAAGCGCUGGCCAAGGCCCUGGACAUCGAGAAGGAGAUCGCUGAACGCGCCUUCCACAUCCACGGUGAAGCCACCAGGAACAGCCAGCACCUCCAUGACCCUGAGAACUACACCGUGGAGCUGAACGAGCUGGAAGCGCUGGCCAAGGCCCUGGACAUCGAGAAGGAGAUCGCUGAACGCGCCUUCCAUAUCCACGGUGAAGCUACCAGGAACAGCCACCCAAACAUACACACAUUUACCGGCAGCAAGAACUACACCGUGGAGCUAAACGAGCUGGAAGCGCUGGCCAAGGCCCUGGAUUUCGAGAAGGAGAUCGCUGAACGCGCCUUCCACAUCCACGGUGAAGCUACCAGGAACAGCCAGCACCUCCAUGACCCUGAGAUCGCCCAAUACAUGGAAGAGGAAUUCAUUGAAGAGCACGCUAAGACUAUCCGCAACCUGGCCGGACACAGCUCCGACAUCAAGAAGUUCAUCGCCCAGAACGACGGACAAGAUCUGUCCAUCUCGCUCUACCUGUACGACGAGUACCUUCAGAAGACCGUCUAAAUUAUAGUCUACCAUCUCAAAAAACUACCACUUUAGUAGAAAUUUGGUUACGCUGGUAACCCAUUGUAAUUAUCAACCGUCUUUUAAAUAAAAAAUAUCUAUUAUGGUAGAAAAUCUGUUACGCUAGCCGUCUAACAUAAUCUACUAUAAAAAAAUAUGUGGUGGUUUGUAACUAUUACACACAGUUUAGUUGAUUUAAAAUUAAUCUCCACUGAAAACUACCACUUUAGUAGAAUAUUGUUUAAGCCAUUUCAAUGUGUACAAAUAGGGCUGUUUAAAUUAUGUGAUAUGUAAGUUUUUUAUCAUUCAUUGUGUAUUAUAGUCUAGUAUAGAUGUAUUUUCAGUUAUUUUCCAAAUAAAAAUUCUUUAAUCGCCUAA